AAGAAAAAAAAAACCGAGGUUUGAUCGCGAUGGUAAUGGCGGCAAUAAUGGUUUCGGUGCCCCUGUCUGCCUCCGCCCUCCUCACUCCCACCUCUCUUCCUCCUCCCAAAAGAUCGUCUCUACCGGGUAAUUCUUGCUCAAUUGCUCCUCAUCUUAUCUCCUCCUCCUCAUGCUCGAGGAAGCUUUCUUCGUACUCGGCUUCCACCUCUUACUUGUCCUCGGGCCGGAUCGGAUCCGUGAGGUGCCGCGCCACCGGCGAGGGAUCACAGUCGACCUUCGAUGAUCGGAUGGUCUAUCAAGGGGUCUACGGCCCCUGGACGGUGGAUCCCUCUGACAUUCGCGAGGUUAUCCUAUAUAGGUUAGGAUUGAUUACUGCUGCUGCAUCAUUUGUUAUUUCUUCUUCUGCUGCUUUUAUACCUGAAGGCAACAUAUUGGGUGAUAUCAUCAAGCAAGAUGUCGAUUUCUUGUACAUCAUUGGAGCUGGAGGACUAGGCCUGUCUUUACUUUUAAUUCACAUUUACGUGACUCCUAUCAAGCGAUUCCUUCAGUCACUUUGGGUACUUGGUGUUAUCGGGUCUGUUGGAACCUAUAUAAUGCUUGCCAAGCCUCUGAACCAAAGCUUGAUAGAAUAUGUCAUAAGUAACCCGGUCGGUGUAUGGUUCAUUGGACCUCUCUUUGCAGCACUGACUGGUGUGGUUUUCAAAGAAGGUCUCUGCUAUGGGAAGUUGGAAGCUGGUAUCCUGACAUUCAUCAUCCCUGGACUUCUUCUAGGACAUCUCACAGGUUUUAUUGAUGAUGGAGCAAAACUGAGUCUAUUGGGUACUUGGAUGGCUCUUUUCAUGGUGUUUGCAGCAAGGAAGUUUCAACAGCCCAUUAAGGAUGAUAUUGGUGACAAAUCUGUAUUCAUGUUCAAUGCUCUUCCUGAAAAGGAGAAGAAGGCUUUGCUUCAGAAUCUUGAUGGACAACUUGAAUAGACACUGGAUUAAAGAUAAAUGGAUUAGUAGUGGCCUAUUGAUUAAUUUAAGGAUAUCUGAAACUUGUCAUUUAGAUCUGAUUAGCUGCAUGGUGACUUUUCUGUUGCAUUUGAUACCAUGAUGCUUUAUUGAUCAAUGACAGGCAUGUGUAUUGUGUCACAAAGUACUAUGGAUCAUUGGCAGGCAUUUGCUAUACUGCUGCUGAAGGGGGACUUGAAGUUAGGGACUUGUAUGUUACCAAGGUUGCCCUUCAAAACAAAAGGAUUAAAAGCUUACUUAACCAUGAAGAAAUUGUUUGCAAUAAUCUUGUCAUGGCUAAAUAUGAUUUUUAAUCUUUUAGGAGCUUUCAAUAUCCUAGGAGAAUGACUUGGAGUUGGAAUUUGUUUUUGACUGCUAUUGUACAACUUACAUCUGGAUAUGUCAAAGUAAUUUAGUGUGGCA